AUGCUCAGAGCUCAAUCAGCUGAGCACGCGCGCCGCCGGCGGAUGCGACUUUUCUCGCGGAGCAGCGAGGGGGCGGAAACAGGAAGCGGGUCGCGGGCCGGUGACGUCACUGCCCCUGCGCCGGGCUCCUCCGAGACCCCCGACAACGGGCUGCGCGGCGCGGCCGGCUGGCUGGGGAUGAGCGAGGCGCAGCGGGCCCCUGCCGGGCUGGGCCCCCCUUCCCCGUACAUCCCCUACUGGCUGGGGCUGGAGCAGGGGCAGCGCGCGGGGCGCCGCGGGAAACCAUGGGAGCAAAUCCCUAAAAAGCCAAAACGAAAGAAAAGAAGGAGGCGGAACGUCAACUGCCUGAAGAACAUGGUGAUCUGGUACGAGGACCACAAGAACCGCUGCCCCUACGAGCCACACCUGUCGGAGCUGGACCCCACCUUCGGGCUGUACACCACGGCUGUGUGGCAGUGUGAGGCCGGGCACCGCUACUUCCAGGACCUGCACUCCCCGCUGAAGCCGCUCAGCGACUCCGAGAACGAGAGUGACGAUGCUGGCAACGGCGUGGGGGCCGGAAGCUCGGACUCCUCCGAGGAGAGCUCCAGCUCGGGGUCGGAGGAGCAGCCCGAGAACCGUCAGGCCAAGGCCCAGCAGCGUCCGCCCCCGUCGGCCGCGGAAGGCGGGAGCAGCAGCGGCCUCAUCACGCAGGACGGCAUCCACAUCCCGUUCGAGCACCACAUCGAGAACCUGACGGCCGAGCAGGGCGCCGCCAUGUGCCACAACCCGCCUCUCAACGGCCCGGAGAGCAUGGAGACCGUGGUGUGCGUCCCCAUGCCCGUUCAGGUGGGCUCGGGCCACGGGACUCUCUUUGAGAACGUGACGCAGGAGACUCUCGGGGAGGUGGUGGCCAGCUGCCCCGUGCAGGGCAUGAUGCAGGGCUCCCAGGUGAUCAUCAUCGCCGGGCCCGGCUACGACGCCCUGACGGCGGAGGGCAUUCAGCUCAACGUCACCAGCAGUGGGGGCGAGGAGAUGCCCUGCGCCGUGAUCGAGGGCGUCGCCGCCUACACCCAGACGGAGCCGGAGAACGUGCAGCCCAACAGUGGGGAACUGGUGGAGAGCGGGGAGUGCAUUGAAACCAAAAAAGAAAAAGACGACCUUUAUGGGCUCAAAAAGGAGGAGCUGCAGCCCCCCCCGGAAAUGGAGAUGCCGGAAGAGCUGGAGCCGGCCCAAGAGAACACGGAGCCGGAGCCCGAGGAGAUGGACGGCAGUGACAUGUCGGCCAUCAUCUACGAGAUUCCGAAGGAACCGGAGAAGAGGCGGCGAAGCCGACGGGGCCGCGUGAUGGAUGCCGACGGCAUGCUGGAAAUGUUCCACUGCCCUUAUGAAGGAUGCAGCCAGGUCUACGUAGCACUUAGUAGCUUUCAGAAUCACGUCAACCUCGUCCACCGGAAAGGGAAAACAAAAGUCUGUCCCCACCCGGGCUGUGGCAAGAAGUUCUACCUGUCCAACCACCUCCGCAGACACAUGAUCAUUCACUCAGGCGUCCGUGAAUUUACCUGUGAAACCUGUGGGAAAUCUUUCAAGCGGAAGAAUCACCUGGAGGUGCAUCGCCGGACACACACGGGAGAGACGCCCCUCCAGUGCGAGAUCUGUGGGUACCAGUGCCGUCAGAGAGCGUCUCUCAACUGGCACAUGAAGAAGCACACCUCGGAAGUUCAGUACAACUUCACCUGUGAGCACUGCGGCAAACGCUUCGAAAAGAUGGACAGCGUCAAAUUCCACAAGCUAAAGAGCCACCCGGAUCACAAGGCCACGUGAUCCCGGCUGGGGCCUCCUUCCGGAGCCUCGGACAGCUUUAUUUAUUUCCCCGCCGGGGGACCCUCUGCCGCCUCCCUUCCCCCACCCCGGACAAUGGCAGCGUUGGCGGUGCCGGCUCCCACCUCGAGGGGUGAGAUCACAGUGCCCUGGGGUGGCACGUGUCUUCCCCAGCCAGGAGAGGGGGUGCUGAGCCCGGAGCCGGCAGCAUGCGUGUGAGUGUGUGUGUGAUACGUCGUGGCCUCCACAGCAGGCAGCCCCCCCUGAUUCUGCCAGGGCGCGGCAGGGUGAGAUUUUUUUUAGCUUGCUUUUAAUGUCGAGGCCCUGGGGGCUCCGGAGGCGAGCGAACAGAGCGGGGACGUGCCCGUGCCCAUCUGCAGAAGAGGGCGCGGCCUGGGAGAGCGAAAUGCAGCAGAUGUGGGUCCUUCCUCCAUCCUAGGGGUCGGAGGGGGGGGGGGCUUGGCAGCCACACCGCGAUGGUGGUGAACAAAACGCCCAGACCAUUAAACCGACACUACUUUUA